AUGCAGCAAAUAUUGCCAGAAAUACUAAAAAAAAUGGAGAUUGAAUGUUCAUACCGUAUGGAUUACUUCACACCAUUCCAUACUAAAACAUAUAUUUGUGAUGUAUCAUCAGCAAAUAUUAUCAAUCCUCAACAGAAAAUUGAAUCUUUCGAAGGUAAACACUUACCAGGAAAAUCAAAGUUAGAAGUUGGAGCAAUCAUUUUCAAAGACACGAUUGUGAAAUAUUUUCCGGUAGGACUUCAAAAAUUCUUUCCUAACCUUAAACAUUUGAAGAUAGAACGAUGUGGUUUGAAAGAAAUAUAUAGUAGUGAUAUGGCAAGUCUCAACAAGUUAACAGCAUUGAUAAUAGAACGUAACCAUCUGAAAUGGCUUCCUGAAGACCUUUUUGUUACAAUGCCAAAGUUGUCUCAUAUAUCAUUUAAUAAUAACAAGUUAGAGUGUCUCAGUCCGAAUAUGCUAACGCCAAUAAAAGAAAUAAUCUCAGUUGCAGCUUUCAACGACAAUUUCAACUUUGAUAAAAGUUUUGGUGAAGAUGAUGAUUCCGGUAUAGAAAGUAUUGAAGAAUUAAUGGAGCAUAUUGAAAACAAUUCAGAGCCAUAUAAAGAAUACGUGGAACGUCUGUUUAGAAAGAAAUAUUCAAAUUCAGUUUUUCAAGGAUUUGCAGAGUUAUGGAAUAGCGAAAAAUUUUCAGAUUUCAUUAUAAAAGUCGAUUCGCGGGAAUUUAAAGUUCACAAACUUGUUCUUGCAUGCCAAAGUUCAGUUUUUUCCGCAAUGUUUGAGAACGAAAUGCAAGAAAAUCAAUUAAAUGAAAUGAAAAUUGAAGACUUCAAUGUGCCAGCAGUUUACGACUUUUUGCGUUAUCUCUAUAAAGGAGAGAUCACGAAUAUCUUAAACGGAAUGGAUUUGUUUGCACUUUCAAUGAAAUAUGACGUAUCAACACUUAAAGAAUUAUCUCAGAAAAUGAUUUUGGAAAAUAUAAAUAAAUCGAAUGCUGUUGAAAUUCUUCAUCUCGGUCAUCUCUAUUGCUCGGAAGUAUUAAAACGAAGAGCUUUUCAAAUCAUUCAAACGAUCUUUCCAAAUAAAACUUUAACAGAAAAUUUAAUGAAUUAUCCUGAAAUAUUUCAGAAAUUCUUACAAACUAAAAAAGAGUGCGAUGAGAAACUUCAGGAAGCUGAAAGAAUUUUUAAUGGAGAAAUUACAACACAUAUAAUCGCUUUCCAUUUAAAUUAAUGAGUAAUUCUGGUUUACAUUUUUGUAAUAUUGAUAACGUCUGAUGUUUCUGAUUUAAGUUUAUUGUUUUUAAAUUCUUGAUGAAUAGAAAACUGAAACUCUGAUGUAAUGAAACUGAAUAAAUUCUUUUAAAUAAUUCUUCAAAUCUAUU